ACCUUGUGCCAUCAACACGGAUUCUCCACAUCAUUUUGCGUUAUCUAAAUCACGGUGUACAGAAGUGUUUUCAAUUUUAUCAGCCUUCGUGUAAGAAAAUUGAUAUCAUUAUUGGGACGCUUGUCUCUUUUUUUUUUACCACGGUUGAUAUCGUCGAAUAAACGUGAGUUAUAGGCCUAUCCCCGAUACCGUACUUAAUUUUUCUCUCAUUGUGCGACCAAAGUGAAAAAUCGAUCGAAUUGGGGAGGAAUUUAGUAUAAUGGCGACAAUGGCCAAACAGAUCUUUGCAAUGGAACUAUUGUACAUUUUAUACUUCGGAUUCCAAGGAGCCAUUUUGACUGUCUCCGGAUUUGAAACGUCAUCUUAUACAGGACAGCAUGUGUUUUAUGCCGCGGAAAAUCGCGCACUCCAAGGGUUUCAACUUGAGAGAAAAACUGUACGAUCUCGUGUCAUCUGCGGACGGGAAUGCAGCAUGGAUGAACGUUGCAAGUCUUUUAACUUUAACGACUGCAGUAAACUGUGCGAGUUGAACCUUGGCACAAGACGAGAGCAUCCCGAAGACUUCAAUGCAACUCAAGGGAGUGUGUACUUUGAUGCAGAUGAGGACACUCCUCUCUACUCACUGUUUGAUAGCUCCUUGAAUCGCUACAGAAGUUGCAAGAUGCUCUUAGAUGCCGGCUAUUGGUCGAGCGGUAUCUACACAAUCUACCCAGAGGGAGUUGGGAAUGGCGGUCUUCGUGUCUACUGUGACAUGGAAACUGACGGCGGUGGAUGGAUCGUGUUUCAGAGGCGACAAGAUGGCAGCGUGGACUUCUACCGUAAUUGGGCCGAGUACCAGGCUGGCUUUGGUGAUCUGUCCGGUGAGUUCUGGUUGGGCAACGACAACUUGGUGACUCUGACGUCUGAUGAUUCACAAGGAACAUGGGAGCUACGAGUUGAUUUAGAGGACUGGGAGGGCAACAGGGCAUGGGCAAAGUACUCAGAUUUCCAAAUAUUCCCGGGUGAGUACAAUCUGAAUAUUGGCCAAUACGACGCCAGCAGCACUGCCGGUGACUCUCUUGCGUAUCACAGAGGUUUUCCCUUCUCAACAAAUGAUCGUGACAAUGAUGGAUGGGAAUCAAAUUGUGCACAAUCCCUCCACGGGGCCUGGUGGUUUCAUAGUUGUACGUUCUCCGAUUUGAAUGGUCAAUACCCAGAUGAUCAUGCAGCCGCUUAUGAAAAGGACGUGUUAUGGUUCCACUGGAAUGGCGUUUCCCCUCUGAAAACCAGCCAGAUGGAACUCCGUGCGAUGCGAUAAUAAAUACUUUUUUGCGAACGUGUCAAUAGGUUGGUUAUUGGUAACCCAUUUUAUUUUUUUUUAAGAAGGCUGAUGCGCUCGCCAACCGGACUGUGGAUGUUAAAUCCCUGCACGGCCAUGAUAAGUAAUAGAUGAAAACAAAAAUGGAAAAGACAACUAUGGUGAAACUGUGCAUUGCUAGAAAAAAAUGAAUGUAAUAGAUAUUUGGCAGGUUUACCUGAAAUGCAGCUUCGAGGCUAAAUUUAACACAUACAUGAUGCAUAUACAUCUUCCUAUUUUGGGCACUAUCAGACAAUAGGUGGCGCUCUUCAUUGUUGCACAAUAUUGACGACGGGCGUUACAAAAGAAACCCACUCGUGAAAAACGGCACUCGUGAGAAAAUAUCGGAGAAGGGGAUUAACACGUUGAAUAUCCCCUUCCCUCGGAUGCUACGUCACUGAUAUAAGUUUGUAAAUAACAGCGCCCCAACACGUCAUUUGAUGUCAAACCGUCCCCAUACAUACCCCUGUUUGAAAUUAUUUUGAGUAAUUGAAGAAAUCGAAUGAAAGCACCGACAUCGAAUGAAACAACGGGCUAACGUUUAAUCUGGAAAAAAUAUCUUGUCAAGUUCAGAAUUAUUUGCGUCCUGACAACAAUUCAUUGAUCACAUGGUAGACUGGUUCCCACAUCUAUCAGAACCAGUGUACCUGCAGAGCAGAGCUGCUCUUACAAAAACAAUUUUUUUUCCCUGGUUUUUUUUUUUUUGGACGCCCACAAUUGCGAAAAAGUAGUUCAAUUGAAAAAUCGGCGCAUUAUUACAUUCAACUGACGUUUGAAUGAAUUUAAAGUUAUUUUUAAUAUCAUUUCAUUCUUUAUGAUCUAUCAAUAAAUGCAGCUAAAAACAACAAAUUAUCUAAAACUGCCUCAUAUUACAAAAAGACAAAUGCCAAAAUUCCAAUUCUGUUUAGUCUUGAUAGAAACACAAAUACUGUACAAAUAAAACAUAGAAUUGAUAAAAUAUAGUUUAACCACAAAUAUCAAUUAAAAACUUUGG